CCCCUCACUGCUGAUGGCUGCAGGCAGCGUUGGCAGCUCAGAGCAGGGACAAGCUGCAGCAUCUGGAACCUCCAGCGACACCUCUGUCCUUGGCAGCUCCAGGACGUGGCCCCUGCAGCGCUACGGCCGCUUCCUGCCCCCGAGGGAGGAGGAGGAUGAAGGGCAGAACAUCUCCUGGAAGGUCUUUGAGUCAAAUGAAGAAUCAGGUCCUCUGACCCUGACCAUCGUGGUGUCUGGCCAUUUCUUUAUUUCCCAAGGACGAACAGUUCUGGAAGGCUUUUCACUGAUCGACUCCCACAAGUGGCUGCGGAUAGUGAGGAGAGCAGACUGUCUGCUGCUCCAGGCACGGGCACAGCAGAACAAGUGCCGCAUGUUCCGUGUGCAGUUCGGAGGGAAUUCCAAGGAGCAGGCCCUGGAGCACUGCUGCAGCUGUAUUGGGAAGCUGAUGGAGUACCUCCCUGUGCAAGGGGCUGAGGGACAGAGCCUCAGCCAGGACCCCCAGGGCACGGGCACGGAGCAGUGGGGGGUAAGUAACCACAGACAAUCGGUGCCAGAUGAGCCUCUCCCAGAUUCCUGCAGCAGCCUUGGAGAAAGAAGAUCUCUAGCACAGCUAGCACAGUCGGUGCUGAGCGGCAGGGCCGAGCUGCACGGCGCGUAUCAGCACACGGCGUGGCGCGCGCAGGACCUGGGGCCCUUCAUCCGCCUCUGCCUCAUGGACCAGCACUUCCCUGCGUUUGUGCAGGACGUGGAGAAGGAACUGCAGAAGCUCACGGAAGGCUGA